CUAGGGCCCGGGGCGGGACGGGACAGGACAGGUCGGGGUGGGGACUGGACGGGACGGCUCGCUGCUGCACCCACGGACAGCCCCGGCUGAUAUUUUAAUCUGCACGAAGAUGGCGAGGUGGCUGAGGGAGUACUUCAAUCUGGGUAGCUACAAGGCGAAGGCUCCGGUCAAGGCGGAGACGGCGGCAGCGGCCGGCAAGAAGAAGAAGAAGCCCCGCGGCGAAUCGGGAUCGUGCCGGGAAAGCGACCUGAUGCGGGCCUACCGGCUGCAGAAGGAGCGGGACUUCGAAGACCCGUACAGCAACGGCCCGGGGUCGUCGCUGCGCCGCCUCAAGGCCAUGUGGCUGGGUCCGGAGGACGAGAGGGAGGAGGGCGGCUGUCGCCAGGGCCCGGUGGCCAGCGGAUCCCCGAUUUUGCAGCGCAGCCAGAGCGAGAGGGCCACUUCCUCCUCCUCCCCCCGAGCCAAGUGCAUCGGCUCGGCUCAGCAACGGCUCAUCAAGAUACACGAGACGGCGGUGACCGAAAAGGCGGUCGGCAACUGGAGCAGCCCGGCCACCGCGUCCCGGAAGCCGCCACAACCCGACGACAAGGUUGCUUUUAGGGAUGACUACUCUGACCCAUUUGAUGCCAAAAAUGAAUUGAAGAAAAAGGUUGUAAAAAAGCGAGAAAUAGAAAAUAAUGGAUACAUGGAACCUUAUGAGGCGCAAAAGAUGAUGGCAGAGAUUCACAGGCAAGAAAGUCAGAAGAAAGGAAUUCAGUUGUAUGACACACCCUAUGAACCUGAAGAGAAUGGAGCUUCAGACACAGAGAGUGUUGAUAGUUACCCAAGAGAAAGCAGGUUGCCACAAGAUGACGCCAGGCCUGCAGAGGAAUAUGACCAACCGUGGGAAUGGAAUAAGGUUACAGUCACACCCUUUUCAGUUCAGCUCAAUGGCAUUGAGAAGAGACAGUCCUCUCCCUUAUGUGACAGACGCAGGCAGCUGGUACCCCCAGAUCUAAUCAAACAUGGAGGUCCGGAGUACAGUGAUAUUGUAGGAGAGAGAGUAGAUCCCAACACUCCACUGGAGAAGCAAGUGUGGUAUCAUGGAGCCAUUAGCCGAACAGAUGCAGAAAACCUUUUACGACUUUGUAAAGAGUGUAGCUAUCUAAUCCGAAAUAGUCAAAGCAGCAAAAAUGAUUACUCACUUUCACUAAAGAGCAGCCAGGGUUUCAUGCACAUGAAGCUUACCAGAACCAAAAACAAAUACAUCUUGGGACAGAACAGCCUUCCAUUUAAUAGUGUUCCUGAGGUUAUACACUACUAUACAACAAGAAAGUUACCUAUUAAAGGGGCAGAACAUUUGUCCCUUCUCUACCCUGUAACUGUGCGAACUCUAUAACUCUUUGCCCUCGUUUAGUUCCUUCCUGUGGAUAGGACAUUGCCCAAUUACUUUAAAAUGCAUGGAUGGCCUAAUUCAGAUGUAAUUGGAGUCAUAGAAUCAUAGAGCAUUACAGCUAAGAAGCAGACCUUCGCCCCGUAGUCUGUGGAGACCCUGUUGGUCCUGAGUGAAUACAAUAACAAUUACUUUGUGGUACUACCAAGUUGUUGCGUGUAUAUGAUUCUGCUCAAAGCCAUCUAAUAUAAUUAAAAAUUGUUAUCAAUGUUUUGUUAGUCCAUAGAAAUAUUUAAAUUGUUCCUGUAAAUGUAAAAAAUUUACUACACUGAUAAUAUGAUACAUAUAGUCCAUUUUACCCCCUAGUCUGCUGCUGAGAGACCUGACUUUGGUGAUUAUUUAUAUAUAAAUACUGUGUCCUAAUAUAUAUAUAUAUAUAAAUAUAUUUUUUAUCUUUUUGGCACAGUGCUAUGAUGUUUUUGAAAUGUUACUUAAUGCAUUUUAAUGUUGGAUAAACAAGUUUAAAUUUGUAUGAGAAUGAUAUUUUCAUUAGAAUUUAUGAUAGAUUAUAAAAGAAAAACAGAAACAAUCAUAAUUGAGAAGAGACUUGCAUUUAUUUUACAUCUUCUGAUCUAGAUGUACCAACAUGCUUUGAAUUUGAGUUCUUUCCAGAGUACAUUUUGUAAACAAACAUAACAACUAAUUUGUUCACAGCAGGCUCUCAUAAACAAUAGACAGACUGAAGAGCCAGAUACUUUUUGGUGAAGAUGUUUGAAGGUUUAUUUGAAUAAAGCUGUUAGAACUUUUA